AUGCCAAUGCGCCCGAAUCUUUUAGCAAGUCGGAAGACCCGAUCUUCAAUUGCAAAACAUAGCAGUCAACUCAAUGGAUCAAUAUCUCAUGGGUCACUGCGAUGGGGGCUUUUUGAGCGGCGAAGUGGCCCCGACACUUGCGCACGGUCUGUUACAAGGCUCCGAUAUGUGUCUUUAUGGAAUACAAGCUCCUCACACAUCCCGCUCAUGACCCCUCAGUCAAAGCGGAACUUUUCCAAUACCACUCGCAAAGAAGGCAUAUGGGAUGACGACGAUGAAGUCCCAGAGCCAAAACCCAUACGAAAGACCGUGCAACGAAUUCCAGGCCGGCCGGCUUUUACGCGCCCCACCCAACAUCGAGACUUAGGCAGCUUGAUUCGAUCGAGAGUAGACGGGAAAAAUCGAGUCUCUCAACGUCUGCGGAUUGAGAAUGAGUUCAAUUCUCUACCUUCAUACCCGGAACUUGUUGAGAGUUUUAUCCAAUUGAAGUACAAACAUGUUGAUGACCUUCUUGAUGAAUCCAUCAAGGCCAAUCUAGCCUAUGAAGCCGAAUAUGGAGCUAUCUCAUCAAUACUUCAAAAGCAAAUCAAUGCUGUGGUCUCCCGGAUAACAAAGCAGGUUCUCCAUGCCGAAAAGACCACUCAAGAAUGUCUGACUGAAUGGGAAAGGCUGUCAAGCUCCAUCACCGCGCGAAUUGUAACUAUGGUCUCAGGCACCACGGAUUCAGUUCUACAAGCAGAGAAAAUCACUCAAAAGUACAUCGCUGAAGUGAUAGCUCUGUCAUCUUCCAUACUGGGAUUGAACCGAAUACAGGCUGCUGUCAGGAAAGCAGAGAAUACCGGUCGAAUGAUUGAUCAUGAUUUCUGCUGCAUUGUUUUUAGUAGAACUCCAGAAUGGAAAAGACAGCUGGAAAUAUCCGCCCAGAAGAUCUAUGGUUGGCAGAAGCGCCUUCGUGCGACUCAAAAAAAAGUCCUACCACCUCUAGUCGACAUUUCUGAGCUGUCCAUCUGUCAGUUGAGAGACACUCUCAACAAUGAUUACCUACGACCCCGGAAUACCGCGAGAAGUCGAAUUGAUCGAGUUCUGCAUCGAAGCGAACUUAUUCAGAAGAACUACGAUGAGUUGCGACUGAAAAGCCAUAACGCACGAAAUUUCCCCAUCAGGAACCUUUGCCUGGAGCUUCAAGAACGCUCGAACCUUCGCCCGACCGAUAGAUGGGUGUUUGGCCAGUACAAAGAAAUCCUUUGGCAUAGUGAUCGCGAGAUUAGUUUACUUGCGCAUCGUCACCGUGCAUUCUGGCUCAGAAGGCAAAUGGCUUUGCAUCCACUUCGACAAAGUGAACUAUGGAGUUCGAAGGAUUUCAUGGGGGCAGCUGCGUCCACACGUUCUCCUGAAGCUACUGACAGGGGGAUCAUACUUGCGAUUGCACUAGGUGCCCGAAAGGGGUCAGCGGCGGGUCAGUACUUACACAAAAACCCACUCAUGAUAUCAAACAAGAUCUAUCUCGAAUACAAGCGUCUUUGGAUUCGAAAACCGGCACGCAGCCCUGAGCUACAUAUCUACUGGCGACAGUUAGAUGUAAUGGCGCCACUGAUUAUGACCGAUGUUUUACAAUGGAGGCUUCACAAUGAAGCUUGGUACCUUCACCACAGCCUCAGAGGUGAUCUUGGGGCAUUGUGGGCUUGGGUCCCUGAGCAGACUCUGUCGCACACUGCCUCAAAAAUAGCCGAAUGGUGCAUGGAAUUCCAGAAACAUCGCAGCGAUCUUCGACAAAUGAUCUCUGAGUACAGACAUUUAAACUGGCUGCGUCUUCGAUCGGAAACCCUGCUACACUCAACGAGACAGCCUGUCUAUCUUGCUGGAAAGUUUGAAGUCCUCAAUCCGCUGAGCCAGGAUAUCCGUGGCUUCAAGCAAUGGGCCGAUCGCAUAGGCCGGCUUGCUUCUGACGCCCAUAUUAUCGCAAUCGCCAACGAGCAGACGCGAACGGAUUGGGAGUUCAUCCACAGUGAGAUUGAGCGCAACAUUGGUCGGGCUGCUUUCGUAAACUCCCACAUUUUAGAACUGGGCUCUUCGACGAAGAAGCCCAGGCGUAAGAGGGGACGAGGGGAAUCCGAGUCUUCCAAUGCCAAGGCUGCUUUCAUCAGGUCAUCUCAAAAUCGUCUUUCAAGGUAUAUCAAAGGGCAAUUGCCGGGCCUUUCCGAGUCUCCGCCUGCCAGUCAGGGCAAUCGGAAGCCUCCUCAGGCUGUGAUAUCCAAGAAAUCUUCAUUGGAAAGGAGAAGCCAGAGACUGAAGAGGAGAGCUAAACGACAGCGUGCAGCCGAGUUAGCUGCCAACCAAGGCAGUCAAGAGGAGAGUCGCCUCGGGCACGAACUAUCUCCCAAUCCUCCGAUAAUAAAAGCCGAGGACCACACAGUAGAGGGCAGCCUUGUAUCCAAACCAGCCCUAUUCGAUGCGCCUAGCGGCCCAAAAUAUCAGGAGGACCGUCAGGUCAUCUGCAAGCCAUCACCCAAACUCUGGAAGAGCAAAUCUAGGAACCUAGACGCGCCCGAGUUCAACCCGUUCCUAGUUAAUGCGCCUGCUAGCCAGACGAACCAAGAAGAGAGCCAGGUUUUUCGCAAGCCAUCACCCAUGCCAUUGAAGAGCAAAGAGGUGAGCCUCAGCCCGGAACCCCAUCCUGAUGGCCUCGGUCCACCAAUUCCAAGAGGAACCAGUCAUACAUCCCCAGGCACAAGGACACAAAACGGACUACGACCGACAACUAUGCUUCCGAGGAAACCAUUCGCUAAACCAGGACCAAACGAUGGGAGGAAAUAUAGCACGGAUGCCAUUUUCGACCAGACCCGACAACAAAGCAGUGGUGUUAGCGAUGAUUCCCUGUCUGAACGGCCACUUGGAACCAAUACGUCCUCGGUCCCAGAUACCACGAGCGAACUUGGGCCAGGAUGUGUUGAAGAAAAUGAUUCCAGAGAUGAACCAAUCCCAUCUUCAGACAUUGGUUCCAGUGCAAACAGUCUUACAACACCCCAGUUCUGGAGCCAUAGUUCACAGCAAAGCCCCGAUGGCCGGAAACUCAUUGUGCAUUAUUGCCGGACCCUUCAAAGUACCGAAGAAGCUGUGCAGCACUUCCUCGGGAGCAAAGUCGUUGGAUUUGACAUGGAAUGGAAGGCUCAAGCAUCCGGUAUGGACAGCAUUCAGAGCAAUGUUUCGGUGAUCCAAAUCGCAAACGAGGAGCGUAUUGCCCUCUUCCAAGUUGCGCUCUUCAAGCCCGCGCGUUGUCUGGAGGACUUAGUUGCCCCGUCAUUGAAACGCCUUGUUGAAUCUCCCGAUGUCAUGAAAGUAGGUGUUUCCAUCAAGGCAGACUGCACGCGGCUGCGCAAGUAUCUCGGCGUCGAUGCCAAAGCCACCUUCGAGCUCAGCCAUUUGUAUAAGUUGAUCAAAUACGGCAAAGACAAUCCCAAAUUGGUGAACAAGAGGGGCGUUAAUCUAAGCGAGCAAGUAAAUGAGCAUUUUGGUCUCCCUCUCGAGAAAAGCGAUGACGUCCGCUGCGGUGAUUGGACUCGGGCUUUGAGUUAUCGUCAGGUUCAAUGUGAGUACUUGGAGACCUGCAUAAUCUCUCUCUUCUCGUAUGCUGACCUUGUCCUUUUUUUCACUCUAGAUGCCGCUACCGACCCGUAUGCUUGCGUUCGUCUGUUCCAUACCAUGGAGGCGAAAAGACAAGCCAUGGACCCAAUGCCGCCUCGUCCCGCGUACGCUGAACUCAACCAACCCAUUGUUCUUCCACUUGGACAAGUAAUCAACGGCGAAGAGGAUCCAUUGAUCUGA